ACCCUACUCAGAGACCCAAAAGGUCACUUUGGGUCAUUUCAGCCUUCCUUCCCUUUUCCCGAAGCAUUCGCCGCUAUGGCCGCCGCCGCCGCUAUCAAAUCCCUCCUCCGCCCCUCCGCCACAUCGCCGGAUUUCUCCGCCCUCCUUCCCCUCUCCGCUUCCUCCUCUGCGUCGUGUGUCUCCUUCCGGUCCUCCGGCUUUCAACCCUCCUUCCUCGGCAUCCGCCUCGCCGACCCCGCGCAUCCGACGAUCCCCGCGCUAAGGAUCCGAAGUGCGGGAAGGGGAGUUCGCAUCGAGGCCGCAGCGAGGCCCACUAUUCUGGUGGCCGAGAAGCUUGGGGAGGCCGGGCUGGCUCUGCUACGGGACUUCGCCAACGUGGAUUGCUCGUACAACCUCUCGCCCGAGGAACUCUGCGUCAAGAUCUCUCUCUGCGACGCGCUGAUCGUGCGAAGCGGGACGAAGGUGACGCGGGAAGUGUUCGAGGCCUCCAAGGGGCGGCUCAAAGUGGUCGGCAGGGCCGGGGUGGGCAUCGACAAUGUGGAUCUUCAAGCUGCCACGGAGAGCGGGUGCCUCGUUGUCAAUGCGCCGACCGCAAACACAGUCGCAGCAGCUGAGCAUGGGAUAGCGCUUCUUACUGCAAUGGCAAGAAACGUCGCUCAGGCUGACGCCUCGAUGAAAGCUGGCAAAUGGCAGCGCAACAAAUAUGUUGGUGUCUCUCUGGUAGGGAAGACACUGGCGGUGAUGGGAUUUGGAAAAGUUGGUUCAGAAGUUGCCAGACGAGCAAAAGGACUUGGGAUGCAAGUGAUUGCUCAUGAUCCUUAUGCACCUGCUGAUAGAGCCCGUGCUAUUGGAGUGGAACUUGUAUCAUUCGAUGAAGCCAUCUCUACUGCUGAUUUCAUAUCACUUCACAUGCCACUAACUCCAACAACUGCAAAGAUAUUCAAUGAUGAAACAUUUGCAAAGAUUAAAAAAGGAGUAAGGAUAAUUAAUGUUGCCAGAGGUGGGGUUAUUGAUGAAGAUGCCUUGUUCCGAGCGCUUGAUAAUGGUACAGUUGCUCAGGCUGCACUUGACGUAUUCACCAUCGAGCCUCCUCCAAAAGACAGCAAGCUGGUGUUACAUGAAAAUGUUAUUGCCACUCCUCAUCUUGGAGCAAGCACUGUGGAAGCCCAGGAAGGUGUAGCUGUAGAAAUAGCAGAGGCUGUUAUUGGAGCAUUGAAAGGUGAACUUGCUGCCACUGCUGUGAAUGCUCCAAUGGUUCCUGCUCAGGUCCUUUCUGAGCUAGCCCCUUAUGUUAUUUUGGCUGAGAAACUUGGUAGGUUAGCUGUUCAAUUAGUCGCUGGGGGAAGCGGUAUUAAGGGUGUUAAAGUUGUCUACACAUCUGCUCGAGAUCCCGAUGACUUGGACACAAGGGUUCUUCGUGCUAUGAUCACUAAAGGGAUCAUCGAACCUAUAUCUAGUGUGUUUGUCAACAUUGUUAACGCAGAUUAUACAGCCAAGCAGAGAGGUCUUCGCAUCAGUGAAGAGAGGAUUUUCCGUGACAGCUCUCCUGAGAUUCCUCUAGACUCAAUUCAGAUCCACCUAUCUAACGUCGAGUCCAAGUUUGCCAGUGCCUUAUCUGAUGCUGGUGAUAUAACAGUAGAAGGAAGAGUGAAGGAUGGCAUACCUCGCCUCACCCUUGUUGGCUCUUUCAGCGUGGACGUGAGCCUCGAAGGGAAUGUCAUACUGUGUAGGAACGUCGAUCUGCCUGGUAAUAUUGGUCGGGUGGGAAGAAUUCUGGGGGAACAGAACAUAAAUAUUAGCUUUAUGAGUGUGGGUAGAACUGCCCCAAGGAAACAGGCUAUAAUGGCCAUUGGUGUUGAUGAGGAACCCAACAAGGAAACUCUGAAGAAAAUCGGAGAAACUCCAACUAUCGAAGAAUUUGUCUUCCUGAAGCUAUAGGAUAAUUGUCAUUCUGCUUUAGCAUUUUUCAUUUGAGCAAAGUAUUGUCAUAAGGUGCUGAUCCACCCAACAAGAAAGCUAUUUGGAGGAUCAUUGACGCUGCUUUGGUGGAGUUGCCACUGUGAUUGCCUGUUCGAUGUGCCUUGCAUUUUUCAUGCAUGUGGAGUUUCCCAACAUUAGUUAGUUUAUACAAUAUCUUUCAGAAUCUCCUGACCUAAUUUUUGGAUGCAUCUGCUGUAAUCCUCCAGGUUAUAUUGCAUGAUUUGUAUUGCUUGAUC